GGGUAAAAACAUGAACUUAAAUCGCGCUAUUUAUUUACAUUCCCUUGAAGAGUCUGAUGAGGACUUGGAUUUUGUACCUCGCAAACCUCGGGUCUUCAGGGCGAGACCAAAUUUCCUCAGGGAUAUGGAAGACGAGGAGUUUUUAACUAAAUUUCGGAUAUCCAAAUCAACGUUCGCCUAUCUUUUGGAAAGAAUCGGAAACAAGAUCGAAAGCCAAACUACUAGAAACUUUUACUUGACACCGGAGGAUAAGCUAAUGCUGGCCUUGCGCUACUAUGCUUGUGGGAACUUUUUGAUAGCCGUCGGAGACUUUUGCCGGGUGAGCGCAGCCUCCGCCAGUCGCACGGUCAAGGAGGUUUCCUACAGCAUUGCCGCCCUGUCCCGGGAAUACAUUAAGUUCGGAGAGCCCGACGAGGUUCAGGAGGAUUUCCAUAGCAUCGCCAACUUUCCGAGAGUAAUGGGCGCUGUGGGCUGCACUCACAUCCAGGUGCAGUCUCCGGCUGCGGACCAAAGCGAGAUGUAUCGCAACCGGAAAGGAUUCUUUUCCAUCAAAGUACAGGCCGUGUCUGAUGCCAAGUUAAACAUCCAGGAUUUGGUAGCCAGGUGGCCGGGCUCAACCCAGGAGAGCAUUAUAUUCGACAACAGUCGACUGAAGAAGCGGUUUGAAGCUGAGGAGUUCGGAAGUACGUAUCUUUUGGGCGAUUCCUCCUACACUCUAAGAAAAUACAUGAUGACACCACUUCGAAAACCUAUAACAAAGGCUGAAAAACUCUAUAACGAGUCGCAAUUCAAAACCCGUGAAGUCGUUACAAAAAGUUUCGAUGUUUGGAAACAUAGGUUUCCGGUACUGUCCUUUGGGAUGCGAAUUAAUAUUGAUACUGCCAAGGUGGUUAUUGUGGCCUGUGCCAUUCUUCAUAACAUUGCCAUUAGUGUUCAGGAUCCUGAGCCACCAAUUGAUGAGGAUUUACCUUUAGAAUCACUUGACUGUGUGGAAUCGUACACAAAUAAUGGGACAGUCAACAGCUCUGAUGAGCAUCAUAGAAACCAGUUUAUAAAAGAAUAUUUCCAUAGAUAACUAUACAGAAACUUGAGA